UUUGUUCGAGCAAAAAAGAGGGAAGAAGAUGAAAAUUAGGUCAAAGUCAAAUAGUAAUCGAACGAUGCUUACCGGACAUGAAAGUUUGAUCAGAUUAAUCGGCAAGCGCCGACGAUUCCUCCCAAAUCGUCAAUCUCUUCUGUCAGACCCCAUUCAGUUAUCUUCGAGUCUCGUGAAAGUUGAAAAUGGAGCAGAAGAUUUGUCAGAGGAACGUAAUGAUAAUUUGGCGGGGACUUCGGGUUCCGAUAAGGUUACUUGCCCGGUUUGCGGGAAUAAGGUUCGAGGAGAAGAGUACAUGAUCAACUCUCACUUAGAUGCAUGUUUAACAAGAGGGACCAAACGAAAAUUAAGCCAGCAGACACUUCUCCAGUUCAACUUCUCCCCCAGAUCAAAGGUCCAAGCUUGCCUGACCAAAUCGGAUGAUACAAAGUCCAACCUUACCAGUGAUGUUAAUGAGGUUGAUACUGAGGAAACCGACAGUAUCAUAUAUGAGUCAUCUUCAAGUUCAGACAAUGCUUUACUUGUGAAUAUAGAUGGUUCAGCCGAAAUCUCAGUGAAUGAUGACACUGUAAAUAAUGGUGGAAUAGUCAACUCUCCUUCAUUGGUUUCUGAGAUUGAGGCCUCUGAAAAUGAGAGUGGUGACUUGGAUGAUGACAUAUCUGGGAAGAUUCUUGCAACCUUCAUUGUUGGCAGAAAGUUUGGUGAAGAAGGGGAAUUACAUACAGAAACAAAUAUUACCUUCUGUAGAGAUCCUGAAAAUACUAAGGAUCCUAAUGCCAUUAAGGUUCUUUCUGCAGAAUCUGGAUGUAAUAAAGUGCUUGGUUAUAUACCUCGAGAGCUAGCUGAACAUUUGUCAAAACUAAUGGACACAUUUGGCUUGACCUUUGAGGGUCGUAUUAUGUCUGUUCCUGAACACUCUCAUGCUGCUGUUCCAAUUCAGAUUUGGUGUCAAGAAAAGAUUCCUUAUAGUGAAAUAGAAGGCGAAAAAGUUAAACUCUAUAAGUCAUUAUGUCAACAAGUUUUAGCCACUGUCAGAUUAAGUGAGGAAUCCCCUCCUGGCAUGAUGAAGUACCAACAAAACUUUUGCCUGUUGCUACAAGAGGUUUUGAGGACGACACCUCAUGUUUUCACACAUGAUGAAAAGACCCUUUUAGAAAAUUUCCUUUUGCUUUCUAAUGAUAGCCAAAAGCUCUUUAUUCGUCUUUAUACACGAAAAGGUCCAUGGUUUCGGAUGUCUAAUAUAUCUUAUGCUGAAAUAUUGGAUCACCAAUCAGCAGUGAAGGAACUCUCUGCAGGAGGUUAUGUUUGUUCCACUGAAACCACAAGUGAAUUACAUAAAGAUGAUUUUGAAAGAGUCUUGAAUCUCCUCAAUGUUGGUGAGCUGAGGGAAAUGUUAUCUUUGAUUAAAAAGAAACACAGUCAAAGUCCACGCAAACAGGAUUCUAUUUCUGCACUUCUUUCAUCAUAUGGGGAUAAAUCAAGGUCAUUGUUAAAGAAAAUGGUGUUGGAGAAAACAGGGUCUUGCAUACGUAUUUCUCCAGCAGCUGAUUUGCUAAUUUGGCGUGUUGAGAGGCUUUUCUUCUGUAAUGGGGAACAAGAUCUGUCAGCAUUUUUACUUGUGGAUUUGGGAAUUGUCAAGUAUCCAACUUACAAUUGUGUCAUCACUGACCAUAUUUUUUCUAACCGAAAUGAUCUACUAUCUUAUGAAGAGGCACUUGAAGUUGCACAAAUCAUGGAUGAAUCUCUUGAAGAAAAUAACUCUUCAAUGGUCUUAAAAUGUAUUGCAAUAUCUGAUUCCCGAAUAUCCAGUCAAACCUCCAAAAAUUUAUCCUCACCCUUUCCAUGCUUUUCUGCUUCAUGGAUCUACUCCAAGGUGGCUCUGUCAGGUGUUUCCUUUCUCGAGUCUGAACGUAGGUACAAUGAUGCAGUUAACUUGCUGAAACGCCUACUACUUAACUUUCCUAAUGAUAGAAGAAGAGGGUAUUGGACAUUGAGACUUUCAACUGAUUUGGAGCAUCUGGGUCGGGUCAACGAGAGCCUAUCCGUUGCUGAAACUGGGUUGGAUGAUCCAUGGGUUCGGGCCGGGUCAAAAGUAUCAUUACAAAGACGGGUGCUCCGGUUAGGAAAACCACCAAGAAGAUGGAAAGUUCCAAGCUUUUCAGACUCCAUCAAACGGAAGAUUCCAGAGGUUCAUGUUAAAGGUAGGCCAUUAAAUUGUAAAAUCGGAACAAAAAGCCGGUUUUAUGGAGAAGAUGGAGAACAAUGUGGGGUAGAGGAGCUUGCUCUACAGUAUUACGCAGGAGAAGAAGGUGGUUAUUGGAAAGGAGUUCAUUCAGAAAGUGGGAUUUGGUUGACUGUUUUCGGGAUUCUUAUGUGGGAUGCUAUCUUUGCUGACGUGGCAAAUGUCUUUCUCACCAGAUUUCAAACAUCACCUUUAGAUCUGGAAACAGACUACUUUUACGAAUCCAGGAAAAACAUUAUAGAAUCUUUACUAGUAAAAAUCCAACAAGGAAUGGGUGAAGAGAUGUUGAUAACUUCAUGGGAGUUGCAUUUCGGGACAGCCUGUCGUUGCGUUAACUGGAACAGACACUCGUUGACUGAGCUUCGAGCGGUUGUGUCAUGCAUAGGUGGCGGUUGUCUGGCGUCCAUCUGUCGCCACCUGGCGCAGGAUUACCGGAGUUGGUCUAGUGGGAUGCCGGAUUUGUUACUCUGGCGAUUUCAUUUCGAUUAUAGCGGUGAGGCUAAGCUUGUUGAAGUUAAAGGGCCGAGAGAUCGGGUUUCUGAACAGCAGCGUGCUUGGCUUUUGUUUUUUAUGGAUUCCGGUUUCAAUGCCGAGGUUUGUAGGGUCAAUCCUCCGGUUAACAAGUAAGAUUUGUUAAGUUUUCGUAUAAUAAGGGUAAAAUCGUAAUUUUACAUGGAAGGAAAAUGGUAACAAGUUUACUAAAACCAAAACAGAUGGUAUACUAUACUACAGGGACUAAACUUGCAG